CUGUCUUUUUUUGUUUACAAUAAUUUCUCUGCAAUUCACUUUCUUAUACAAUUAUUUGAUGUCAGGAAUUUUAUCCUCCGAGCCUUCAUCCCAAUUUCUUCGCUAAUCGCCACUAGUAUGAGUAUCCACGGUCCAUGUCUGCCUAAAUUUCAAUUCGUUUCAGCAUCGUUUCUCCAAAUAUAGCAAGAAUUCUCGCCGCUUACAAAGUCAAUUCUUCUAGCUACAUUUGAUUUGAUUGCACCUUCCCAUGAUUAUUGAUCAUCAAUCAUAGCAAUCACUGUACACUUUCGAGUUUACUUCACCAGAAAACGAUCCGAUCGCCACCGGGAAAGAUGAAAACCAGAGGCAAAAUAGGCAGCGAAGGUGGAUUAAUCGGUGGGUGGUUUAGUCUCGGUUGUCUCGGUUUACCUGCAGUCUUUCUCCUAUGCAUCUUCUUCUUCUUCUUCUUGGGAUUCUUCGAUUCUUCUCUAUUCUCUCAACAGGUUCCUCUUUUGUCUUCCCUAAUACUGCUGCUUCAUCUUUUUGGAUAUACCACAAACGAAUGCAAAACUGAGAUUCACGAUUUGUCCGACGACACCGAUUAUGCUGCAGCGUCGAAACAGGGCUCAUCAAGUAUGACCCGUAGUGACAGUAGCAAGAGAAGCUCUUCUAGUGAUCCAGAAGAUGCACAAAUAGUUUACCUCAAGGAUAAUGUCACAAUUCAUCCAACUCAAUAUGCCAAAGAGAGGAUCACUGGGCAUUUGAAGUUGAUCAAACAAGGUUAUUCACUAUAUAUGGUAAUGUCCUGCUCGUAUUCCUCUAAAGUUCUAUUUUAGUCUUUUAUAAUUCAUGUUCUUUUACAUUGUCCUCGAGUGCUAUAGCUGGAGUUAGACAAGCCUUAAUUACUGGGAUACCGUCUUUAUCAAUCUCCCUAAACUGG